UCGGCGCUCGGCCGGGGGCGGGGCGCGCCGCCUCACGCCCUCCCGCGCCCCCGCCGCUUCCCCCGCCGCGGCCCCGCCGGCCAUGUCGCGGGGCUCCCGCCUGGCGCUGGCCGUCUCCGCGCUGCUCUCCGCCGCCGUCGUGGCGGCCGUGCACAUCCAGCAGCGCCGGGAGCUGGAGAGGCUGCGAAGUGGCGUUGUCAGAGAUCUUGAGCGGCAGAGGCAGAAAAAGGAGAACGUUCGCCUGUUAGAAGAGCAGAUUGCUCUGACAAAGCAGCUCACUGAAGAGAGAGACAAGGCGCUGAUGGAAAAACGCUCCCAGCAGUCCUAG